AAGUACACCAUUUGAUCGUCUCUCUUACAACAAUCUUUAGUCCUUGUGUAGUUGAAGUAUGGCUGCAAAAAGGCCAUCCAAUUCUAGUAUGUUUCAUGGAGGACUGUUUCUGCGGUUGCUGCUUGUAGUGCUAGUCUCAGCAAAUGCAGCCUCGGCCGGUUCCAUCGUCGAGUAUCUGCCUGGCUAUGGGAAGCUUCCUUUCAAGCUUGAAACCGGAUACGUAAGCGUUGGAGACUCGGAGUUGUUCUACUACUUCAUUGAGUCACAAGGGAACCCUCAUACCGACCCUUUUUUCCUCUGGCUCACUGGAGGCCCCGGUUGUUCUUCUUUCAAUGGACUCAUUUACGAAAUCGGUCCAAUGGAGUUUGAUAUCCACAACUACCCAGGAGGGUUACCAAGAUUGCUGCCUUACAAAUAUGCAUGGACAAAGACAGCCAGCAUAUUAUUCCUUGAUGCCCCAGUUGGCACUGGCUUCUCCUACUCAACAUCCGCGGAUGGUUGGUCUAGUUCAGAUACAGAUUCAGCCCUUGAAACCUAUGAGUUCCUGAGGAAGUGGUUGAUUGAACACCCUAAAUACCUCCCUCUUCAACUCUAUGUGGGUGGUGAUUCAUAUUCAGGCAUAAUCGUUCCUCUAGUCGUCAAACAUAUAGUAGAUGCUAUAGAUGAGCACACUGUGCCACGAUUUAACCUACAAGGGUAUUUGGUUGGGAGCCCAACAACAGAUGAAAACAUCAAUACAAAUGCAAAAGUUGUAUUUGCUCACCGGCUGGCCCUUAUAUCCGAUGAGCUCUAUGAGGCUGCAAAAGAAAACUGCAAUGGGAACUAUGCAGAUGUAGAUCCAUCUAACACAAAGUGCUUAAGUAGUCUUGGUGAAAUCCAACAUUGUGUCAAAGACUUGUUCCGUAAUGAUAUUUUGGAGCCCAAGUGUGUCUUUGAAUCCCCAGAACCAACCCGAAGAUCUCUGGAUGAGAAGCCUGGAGACUUCAUUCUUAAUACACCAAAACUUGAAGAGUUCUGGUGCCGGAACUUCAAUUAUGCAUUGUCCUACAUCUGGGCUAAUGAUGAAAGUGUCCAAGAAGCAUUAAAUGUCCGAGUGGGAACUGUAAAAUAUUGGUCGAGGUGCAACAAGAGCUUGUCGUACACAAAAGAUGUUCAGAGUGUAAUCGAUGUUCACCGUUAUCUCAGUAAAAAGCAGCUGGAAGUUCUUGUAGAAGUUGGCGAUCGCGACUUGGUUGUUCCAUACCCGGGGGCGGUAGAAUGGAUUAGACUCCUCAAUUUGACAAUUGUUAGUCCUUGGCGGCCAUGGUUUGUUGAUGGUGAAAUUGUAGGAUACACGGAGAAGCAUUCACAAAAUGGGUACCGAUUGACUUAUGCGACCGUGAAGGGUGCAGGUCACACGGCUCCAGAGUACUAUAGAAGAGAAUGUUACUACAUGUUCAAGAGGUGGGUGCAUUACUACCCUCUCUAGUUCAACGUCAUCCACUACUUCAAAUCUAUUAUGAAGGUCCUCAAGGGGAGGGAGUGCUUUUAUUUUACUUUUUGUAGUCCUUUUUGGGUUUAGUUUCUUGCAAUCUAGAUGUAUUGAGUAUCUAUUUAAUAAUAGACCAUGGUUUCUAUGAUUCGAGUCC